AUGUCGCUGUGGCUGCGGCGGGGCCGCGGCCCGAGCAGGGCGGCCGAGCGGCGGGAGCUGCAGGAGCGCAGCCGGCAGCAGUGGGAGAGCACCAGCCGCGCCUUCGCCCGCGCCGCCGCCGCCUGCUCCCUGCAGGCGCGGUGGAGCGAGCCCCGCGUCCCCCCGCCCAGGUACGGCCGCGGUGGUGGGUCCCGGGGCGGUGCGGGGAUCCCGCUGACCGCCGGUGUGUGCGGCAGCGCGGCGGCGGCGCGGCGGGACGCGGAGGAGGCGGCGGCGCGGCUGGAGCGGCGGCGGGAGCGGCUGCGGCGGCUGCUGGGCGAGGAGCGGGAGGCGCUGGCGGCGGAGCUGCGGGAGCGGCGGCGGGGCGGGAUGCGGAGCCAGGAGCUGCGGGACGGCCCCGGAGGGUGCGGGAGGAAGUUUGCUGAGCCACUGCUGCAGCAGCGCUGGAACAAAAACAACGCGGAGCUCCGAGAGGCAGAGUCUGAGCUGCAGAGGAAACACAUGAGGGAGGCUUGGGAUGAUCAGCUAACACAACAAAACAAGGAAGAGGUGACCAAACUUAAAGAGAAGAAAUGUUAUGAAAACGAGUACGAAACGGCACAAGGGGAAGCGCUGGAAAGAACAAGACAAGAGGAAGAGAAGCCUCAGCUGGAGAAGACCUUGCUUCAGCAGAUAGAAGAACUGAAACUGCAGGAGACAAAGGCAACAAAGCUGAAAAAGGAACAAGAGAAUUUAUUAAAGCAGCAGUGGGAGCUGGAGAACUUGGAAGAAGAAAGGAAACAAAUGGAAGAACACCGGAGGAAGAAAGAGCUCGGUCGCUUUUUGAAGCAUCAGUGUGACGUCCAGUUAAGGAGAAGAGCACAGCAGGUACAGGAGGAGCUGGAGAUAGACAGGCAAAUCUUAUCAGCCCUUCUGGAGAAAGAAGAGGAGGAUCAGAGCCAGCAGAGCGCUCGGCGGGGACGGGCGGUGGCAGAUGUGGCCUGGAUGAAGAAGGUCAUUGAGGAACAGCUCCAGCUGGAAAAGGAGAGGGAAGCAGAGCUUGAGACUAUCUUCAGGGAAGAAGCAAAAAAAAUGUGGGAGAAGAGGGAAGAAGAAUGGGAAAGAGAGAAGGUGGCCAGAGAUCGCCUGAUGAGUGAGGUCCUUGCAGGCAGGCAGCACCAGAUCCAAGAGAAGAUGGAGCUAAACAGAAGGGCCCAAGAAGAAUCCAUUAAAUAUCGAGAGCAGCUGAUCAAAGAACUUGAGGAGGCCAAGGAAGGGACUCGUCGGGAGAAGGAGCAGGAGGAGGAACAGCAGAGAGCCCACAGGAGGGAGCUGCAGGCACAGGGGACAGAGCACAGCUUGGGAGAGGAGGAAAAGCAGCAGGAGGGAUCAGCCCAGCAGCACCUGGAGGAGAUGGAGCAGCAGGAGGCCAAGCAGGGCUGGCACAGCAGGGUCUACAGUUACCCAAGAGCAGCUUGGACCUGAGGAAUGAGCAGGAGAUGCAGCUCCAGAUUACAGAAAGAAAAUUCUGAGGACUCGAGGAGCUCGUGAAAUAAUGGUGCCUCUGGAAUAGCCUACAGUGAGAUGAAGACUUGACUCAAUAGAUUUCUGAAAACAUUUAGUUGUGGCCAACCUGACGAGGAGAAAAGUUCUCCUGUCUUCAGGAAGGUGUAAACUGCUUCACUCUGCAUUCUGGAGUUGUGCUCAUGUAUUUUAGUACAUGAGAGGCUGAAGCAAUCCAGCAAAGGAAAGGGCCCUGUGGACCUGAGCCACAAAAGAAUCUGUGUCUCCCCAGGAAGAGGAGCUGUGGGGCUGUGUCUCCCACCUUGGAGAAUCAGGCUGUGCCUGGGUUCCCUCUGGACUGUGAAGAGUUAAUUAAUAAUGUAUAUUGCAAAUCACAUCAUGUGUGCUGUGGCAACAGUGCUUUUCCAGUUCCUCUCCAGAAGGUGCUGGAAACUUAAACAUUGUUUUUCACUUGUUUCAUAAAUAAUGAAUAAUUGAAACCUGAACAAGGAUUUGGUUUUCUUACAUAAGCAAACUACAGCAGCAACAGGAGAGGAGAGUGAGUUGAUUAUUGCAGUUCAUUCCUUGCUGUUACCAUCC